CUGCUUUUUCUUUUCCAGAUACUCGAAAUUCAAGUACUGUUAAUUAUUUUACAAAAUGUUAUUUCACAAUAUAACACGCUUUUAAAUUAUUACAAUACUCAUCCAGAAAAAAGAUAUCACCGACAGCGUCAAAACGAUUACUACGAUUGGCCAAAAGAACGCCUAAGAAGAAUAAAUCGGCAUCGAAAAAGAAAUUAUCAUAGAAGCGAAGAAGACUCAAGAGAUUUCCAUUCCAAUUACGAUACUUACAGGAACUAUGACGAAUGUAAAUGCUCCUGCAAUAGAUGCGCAAACCCUAAGCCAUGUUGUAUUGAAAUGUGUUCGUCUUGCCCUUCGCAAACAGAUGUCAUAUACGUACCAUAUCCAGUGCCAUUGGUGGUGACGGUAUCGAAUAGUCUGUCUUUACUUCCAAGCACCACUACAACUUCUGGCACUAAUAGUACGAAUGCACCAUCUACUACUUUAGUUGCAACAAACUCUACUAAAGGUGGCACAGAGACUAAAUCUCCUGAUAAAACACAAACGCAUUCCUCAUCAACGCACCCGCCAACGUCUCACUUCCAAUAUAACAAGUUAAAAUACUGUCCACCAAUGGGAAAUUGUAGAGAUGACAAUAAAUACCGAGAGCACAGUCAAAAAUCGUAUCACAGAUUAUUUGAUGACAGAAACAAACCCUCUUACAAAAACAUAGAAAUAAAAUCAACGAUGUCAGUUUAUCCAUAUACAGACUUUGCCAAAUCCGUAAGACAAACAAGACGAGAUUGGUUGCCUAGGUACGGUAUCGUGCCGAUCCCCGAUCACUUAGCGAUAUUUAGUACCAUUGCUUUCUGUGUUGUACUGAAAUGUAGCCAUUCGCAAUUCGACUUUGGUGAUUAUUAUAAACAACAGCCAUCAAAUAUUGGAUAUCAAACUUUACCUGGAACCGAUUACUUUAGCAAUGCGAAUAUGUUUCCUUUUUUGUUGAACAAUUACAACUACGAAUUACAAGUACACCAAUGUGAUUGUGCUUGCAAUAGAUGCGGCAAUCCUCAACCGUGCUGCAUUGAAUUCUGUAGGAAAUGUAAACAAGAAAACGAACAGUCUGGUUAUGUGUUUUACCCGUAUCCAUAUAUUAUUUAUGCUAACGCGCCAAACAACAUCACGGAGAAACCUACAGAAUCUACCAUAAAAACAGAAGCAACUAUAAAAACAGAAGCCCCUACAACAACAGAAGCAACAACAACCACGACUGUGGAGACUACUACAAUUCAUCAAACAGUGACUACAGUAGUAACAGAAAACGUAACUUUCGCAUUGGAUUCAGAGGAAAUUCGUAAUAAUUUUAUGAACAAUCCCAAACCAACUUUGAAACAAGACCGUAGCAAACUCAUGCUUACGGCACUAAGGCGUACCAAGCCAAGAUGGAUGCCGAAAUACGGUAUAGUGCCAAUCCCUGAUCAACUUGCAGAAAAUUUAAUGUUACGCAUUAGACAAAUGAAAGUAUUGCAUCCGGAAAAGGAUGCUAUUAGGAAAAUACAAAAUCUAUAUCCUGAAUCAUAA